AUGCAAAUUUCCAAAUUUACCCUCAUUACCAUGAACAAGCGCAACAUUAGCAAUCACAGAAUGUCUCCACGCGACGAUUGUAGUGUCGAAUUCCAAUCAGCCGAGGGCGACAUCUCCUGUAAAUUCAACUAUCUUCUUGAACGAGACUCUUUGCAUCUUGUCAAGAACGUACGACGACUUCAGUUGUCACGACUUCUCUGUAUUGAUGAUGCUAACUAUGACAGCGAAUCAUCGGAAUUUAGUGAUUUCGAGGAUGGGGACAGUGAAUGGUUCGCCAUAAAUGUGCAAGGAAUUAUUGAUACACCUACCAUCACAAAACGAUCCUCUCUAUCGUCAAAGGGAGCAGCACCAGUCAAGAGAAGAUCCUCAGUCAAAUACACCGCCCCAUUGAAAGAGGCAACCAAAACAUCAGAAGCAACUCGAUUGAACAGACUCUUGAACAGGAACAUGACAGCGGCAAAGCAAGAUUUCCGCAAGAGAGUACGAAAUACCAUUGGAAGAAACUCUAUGGAGCUGAAUCGUGACCGCUUGCAAAAGAAUGCAGUCAAGGCUACACAAUAG